AUGGCCGCGCCCAAGAUGACCAUGGCUCUCGCCAGCCUCCUCCUUUCCGGCGUGUUUGCCGUUACUCCGUACUCGGAUAGCCAGUCCACUGUGACUGCCGAGCCUCAGCAGAUUGGUACCACCACUUCCAACGGUAUCCUCAUGUAUUCCAUGAAUUACUGCACCAUCGUCGAGAGCACUCAGUGCCAAGUCUCUCUCUCCACUGCUACCAACGCGGUUCCUGAGUCCUCUGCCGGCUACUCUGCCUCUGUCGAUUCGACCACUCAGGCUGUGUCCGCAGUUGGACAGACCGUCAUCUCUAGCGGCGAGCCUGCCCCGACUACCGUCUGGUCUGAUAGUGCUCCUGGUGCUCCUCAGCCCACUGCUACCGUCGUUUCGGUCACUGACAGCCUUGGCAGCCCAGCUCUGGAGACUGACUCUGUCCUUGCUGCCACUGGCUCUACUGCCAUCACUAGCGGCAUGCCUAUGGCCACGGGCUCUGCCACUGGCAAGCAGCAGACCAACUCGACUUCGGUCAUGAGCCAUGACAGCCCUUCUGGCAGCAUGACGGCCCCUUCUGCCCCAGACCACACCAGCGCUGGAGUGGCUCUCAAGGCCAUCUCCGGCCUGGCCUUCGGCACUCUCGCCAUGGUUAUGACUUUUUUCAUGUAA